CCCCAACCAAACUUUGCAGGACUCAUCAUUGUCAUCGUCAUUUUCAUCGUCCAAUCUCAAGAAAUAUCGAACUGCUGCAUGCUUGGUGCUCGGUUCCGUCGUGUCGGUAUCUCAGCCUCAUCUCAUCAUCCCAUCUCCCCGUAGUUCCCGUCCGUCUUCCGGCAAUUGACUCCAUCUGUCUAUGGGGCUCCGCCUUGAACACCCUGUCUCUCACACACCGUCCAGAUGGAGGACUCCGGCGCCACUGAGGAACAGGCUCAACAGCCGGCGACAACAAAUAAUAUCGAUGAUGAGACCCGGAAGUCUCAAACCAUGACCCCCUCAGCCCAAACUCCCGCUCAUCCAUCGCCCCCACAGCAGCAGCAACAAGCCGGCCCAUCAGUGACCACUCCUGCCUCCGCUCCGGCUCCCGGACCGUCAACAUCAACACCGGGACCUCCGCCCUCCGACACAGGCGCCGACGCCGGUUCCGAGCCGGUUAACCCCCGAAAGCGAAAAAAGGCUUCACGAGCCUGCGACUUCUGCCACGUCAACCACCAACCCUGCGACAACGGCCAGCCCAAAUGCUCCGUCUGCACCAAACACAACAAACCAUGUCUCUACCUGCGCCCGACCAAGCGUCGGGGUCCCCAAAAGGGUUAUAGGACAGCUCUCAACACCUACAAAGAGAGCGCCGCAGCAUGGGGUGCCGUAUUGGGCGCCAUCCCCGGACUAGACGCCCUCAUUGAGGGCCAUUUAAGGGCGGCGGGCACCCAGGGGAAGCAGAUCAUUGCGAGUAUCAAGGAUGCGAAUGCCCAGGAGGGAUUGAUUGCUAGGUGGCAGGGGAGUGGAGUUUUUAGAGCGUUUUUUGGGGCGCAGAGGCCGGGGACGGGAGAGGGAAAUGGUGGGCAGGAGGAGACGCCAGAGCAAGGACAAGAUGGAGGAGGAGAAGAUGAAGAGAUGGGUGGUAUGGCUGGGUCUCCGAAUGUUGUGACUCAAGGAGGAAUAGGGAUAGGAGGAGGGGGACAACCACCACCCGCGAAGCGGUUCGCUCGAGAAACGGAACAGAGGAGACAAGUAGCGAGGGAUCUGGCGCAGUUACAGCAGCAGCAGCAGCAGCAGCAGCAACAACAACAGUCGGCGGGAGCGGGAACGGUAAUAGGAGGGAAACGACCAUCAAUAUCCUCAACGGAGUCACCAGGACCGUCGAUACCACCGCCACCACUACUACUACAACCAGCAGCAACAGCAGCAACGACAAUACCAGCAUCCCGCCCCGGCCCUAGCACAGGAAUAUCCAACCUCAACACCAACACACCCAAAUUCACAGUAAACGACUCCACGCUAUCCGAUAUCGUAGCCAAAGACGCUGCUCAAUCCUCCUCCCGAGAAUCCCAAACCCUCCGCCCCCUCGGCUUCGCCCCCGACGAAACCAUAGCCGACUUUUACAGCAUGGGAUCGAACCCUGAUCCUAUGGCUUCAAUGCCCGCAAAUAACACCAACGCCAACAAUAACUACAACAACGGCGGCGGCGGUGGCGGUGGCGGUGGCGGGUAUGGUGGUGGAAAUGGCGGGGCGUACGACGGUGGUGCUGGGGAUGAUGACUUUCUGUUCUUUGAUUCAGAGCAGAGGGCUUAUUAUGAGCUGUUGAUGGGGAGGAGUUUUGGGUGAGCGUGAUAGGGUAUGGGACGUCCUGACGACAGCGCCUUUUUGGAAGAGGUCGAGAUGGGAAAAAGCGAGACUUUAAACCCACGAGUUUGAGCCGCUUGAGAAUUGCUUAGGACUGUGAUGGGAAGAGGACUAGGGCGGUUGAGGUACGUUUGAUUCCUGCUCUUGCUGUUCGCGCAAAGACAAAAAACUGACGGAAGCAGAUGGAAACGGAAACAGGAAGCAGGUGAUUAGAACAUAGUACACCCCAGACGACAGACACACAUAACGACGUAUGAUACCCGCCAACAAUAACGAAUGGCAAACUUUUACCAAGCGAAAUAAAAC